AUGCAGCACGCCAGCAGCGUGGAACGCCAGCCAGGCAAGUCUCCGGAGAACUCGAUGCACAGGCUGCACGAUCGAAGCGAAUAUGAGAGCACCUACGCUAGCACGGAUUUGCCCGAUACGAUGUUGCAAGCACUGUCAACGCCUCACAUGCUGCCCGUUCCGACAUCAUAUGCCCCUGACCUCGCAGGCAAUAGCGAAGCUGCGCAAGGCAUGCAUGAUUCGGAAUCGAGUGCAUUCAUACAUCCUGCUCUCAUCAGCGCACUCGCUUCCAGUGGUUCGAAGGAAUCGCUCAAUCGCGUCUCAGACCCUCUGCAAGGCGGCAGUCCUGUCAAGCGAAGCGAGCUCAUCCGCGGCAGCGCUGCCUCGCCACAGCAGCCACUCAAUGGCGCACAGGAUCUGCGCUCAGUUCCGGUGCGCUGGACAAGCGCAUCAGCUGCCACUCAGGGUGUAGUGUAUGCCUUUGACGGAGACGAAAGCCUCUCGGCUGGCAGUUCGUAUGAUCAGGCAGCUCCGUCCGACAGCCAGCUCAGCCGCGCAUAUGUUCUCUCUCAGCCGGCCUCACGACAGUCUUCAUUGGCAGCUUCAAAUGGCACGCGCAAAGCCGUCCGAGCUAGAUCGAAAGAUUCAGAACGCGAAAAACCGGCGCGCUAUCAUGACGUGCCAAACAACAUACAGGACUCGGACGAAGAGGAUACAGAUGGUGCCCGCCCAGACGGGUCUAUCCCUUACGAUCCGGAGACCAACGAACGCGUCUUCAUAUGCAGCUAUUGCGGCAAGGAGUACAACGGAAAGCAUGCUCGUAGCAUCUGGCGACGGCAUCUCAACGACAAGCACAAAAUUCCGCUCAGUCAACAGCCUCGGAAGACCCGCUGGGAUAACGAUGCUAAUAGACCGAAAGAUGACGAGGAGAGGAGGCAGCGCACGCUCGAGUCUAAGCGACGUUGGGCGCGAAAAAACCGCGAAGCGCAGCGUGCGAAAGAUCGGGAAGCCAUGGCUGCCGCCGGGCUGGUCCCGCGAGGCACGCCGAAACGAGAGAAAGCUGCUGUCAAAUCCCGUCGCGAGAGUCCCGGCAACACAGAAAUUUCGCGACCACUUCCCAGCGUGAGGCAGUCGAAUGACUACAUGUCAUCCAGUCGAUCUGAUGGACCGCCGACUAAUCACGUGGAUGUCUUUGGCUCGAUGCCAAUCACUCGCGCACUCUCCGACAGCGCACUCGAGCCUCGCAGGUACAUCGAGCUCCAGGAACCUGAACCAGCUUCCACCGGGCCCCAGCCUGGCUCUGCCGAAGCAGCCUCGAUUCUACUUGCUCUUGCCACGUCUGCCUCAUCGUCUCCUGCGCCUGGCAAUGUACAGUCUGACGAGGAUUUUGAGGAUCCGGACAGAGAAUCGAUGACCAAGCAGACACGAUCUUCCCAACCCCCGAGGCACAUACCAUCAUCUGGAGGGCGUAAGCGUAGCAUGCUCCUCGAUACCUUGCAGGUCAACACACAAGAGCAGCCAUUUUACAAGAGAACGCGACAUAUGUCGUAUGAUUCGCGUGUACCUUUUGCUGCCUCCACACUACGUAUCGAGCAAUCUUCACCGGAAGUGUUCAGUCGCGGCAGUCAUAGUGACAGCGAAUCAAUGACCAGUCCUGUCAACAGCAAUGCCAUGCUAGCUGGACCCAGCAUGCUAUCCAGGCGUAGACGGGCAGUCUCAGCCCAGCCCGCAAUCGCGGGUGACUUGUCGGGUGAUGAUGAUGCUAUGACCUUUCCGCCCCUGCUGACCUCGCCUAUCAUCGAGAUGCAUCGAGCUGAGAAGGGAGUCUCGUCCACUCCGCCGGCUUUUGGCAGUCACAACAGCAUGCGACCUCCAGGUCCUUCGUCAUCCUCGUCUUAUAGCGUGCUCAACACGCCGCAUCUGCCAAUGGCAGCCCCAGCAACGAUCGGCAGAAAGCUGCCGUCCUUCUAUCUCGCUCAAACUGGUCAUGCCUCGAUACCAACGCCAUUUCGGGGCUUCUAUCAUCCGGAAGCAAAGUCGUCGCCAGCGGGCCCGCUCGGCUAUCAUCAUGCACUCAAUCGAGACGGCGGCGAUCUUUUCUCAAGCCCUGCUCAUCCAUCGAUGAGCCGAUCACUUGGUCUGUGCCCUACAGACACACAUCAUCACGCGUAUCAGCACGCAUUACCCGAAGGUACUGAUCCGGCUUGGCUGCAAUCGAGUCCCGUCGUUCGCAAGCAUCUCGCGAACAAACGCAAAUAG